AUGAUCGGUGAUAUUGAUAUAGACGAAGCAGAUGUUAUUGUACUCUCGAGAGAUCUUGAAAAGAUUAACAAGCUAUCUCUUCAGAUUAAUAAAUCUCUCGUACAAAUUGCGGAUACAACUGGCCAGUCUGGAGAACUUUUUACCCCUAUUUUAUCAAGAAAUAACAUGCUAGCUACACUUCAAAGAAAUAUCGAAAGUGCCUUAAAUUCAGUUGCUUCAGUGAAAGAUUUAGCUAAUGAAGCUUCCAAGCAUGAAAUUAUUUUGAGUAAAGGGAUUGGUAAAGUUGGCUUAAAAGCUUAUAUACAAGCCAUUCAUAAACUCGAUGAUAUGCUGGAAGAUAUCAAAACAAGUUCCAAAAUGGACCAAAAAAAUUCCGAAUUUAGUGGUAUACUUACUCAUUUGAGUAGUUUAAUCAAAUCUAGUGAAAAUAAAUUAAAAUCUUAUUUUUUAGCAAUCCUUUCAUUGAUUAAACCUUUCGAUCCUCAAAUAUAUAUGGACAAGAAAGUUCCUUUCCCAUAUUUUGAAGAUGAACACUUACUUGAAUUAACUAUUAUUUUAGAUUACUUUUUCAGUUCUCCAGAAUAUCCAACAAUUGAAAGAAUAUUAGUACAGGAAAGAAGUGAAAUGAUAAUGAAAUCCCUCUCUUCACUCGAAAAUUUUGCCAAACAAAUUCCAGCUUCGAAAGGUAUAAAAUUUGCUAAAGGUAGUAGUGGUAUGAUGAAUUAUUCCCAAGCCUUAUUAGGCUUUGUAGCGAUUGAAAGUACUUUAGUAGAUGAUUUAUUUUCUCAACAGGCUGAUUUUAGACCUCUUGUAUUUAAAAGUAUCAUACAGCCGGUUCUGGACGGUUAUAGUAAUUUAUUUGAUUCAAAUGUAACAUAUGUCAAAAAUAAUUUACAAGAUGCAGACGUCUUUAGUUUUGAAUUAAUUGAUUGUGUAAAUAAUGUAAUAAGACAAUUGAGAGGUACCCCAUUACAAGAUUAUACUCGAUUAAUAAUGAGUGCACAAAAUAUUCAAAAUGUUACCCAAUCUAUAUUCAAGGAUGUUAUUGAACAUAUUAUCAUUACUGUUAAUAAUAUGACUACAGUACCUGCUGAUAACGGCGUUGCUGAAGGAACUGUAGACACAAUGACUCGUUUAAGAAAAUUAAGUGAAUAUCAAACAGGUGUUCUAGGCGCUAUUCAAAAUAUGUCUAGACAGGAUUGGCUACCAUCAUCAUAUAAGGAAAAGGAAUAUACUUCUCAAAAUAUCAACAUCAAUCCUAAAGAUACGAGGUCUUUACUAUCAUGCUUUUUAGGUGAUUGUAUCGAUACUUUAAUCAUUAGUUUAGAGAGAAGAGCCCAAAAAAUAUUAUUACCUAAUCAGGAACCUGACAUUGCUAAUCCAAAUAGUAAAAGAAAUACGUUGAAACCAAAAAUUGGUAAUUUCUUAAUUUCUAAUUUAGCCAUGGUAGGACAAAUUGUGGAAAAGUCAGAUUUAAAUUCUUUACUAGGAAUGACUGGACAUUCUAGGUUGGAUAAAUUACAGAAAAGGUAUAUUAAUUAUAUUGUUUCGGAUUGGAGGGAUUUGACUGCCAAUUUAAUGGAUUCUGUCUUCGUUGAUAAUUCAGGAAAAAUUUCUCAAUCUAAGGAUAAAGAACAAAUUAAAGAAAAAUUCAGAAAGUUUAAUGAUGGUUUCGAAGCUCUUGUAUCUAAUUUUAAACAUUAUAAAAUCACAAAUGAAGAAUUAAAGAAAGUUAUGAGGUCUGAAAUUAUUUCUUUAGUAUUGCCUAUGUAUGAAAGAUUUUACAGCAGAUAUAAGAAUUCAUUUACACAUCCCAGAAAACAUAUUAGAUACACUCCGACUGAAUUAACAACUAUUUUGAAUCAAUUGGGGAGGUAA